AGUUCAAAAUGGCGGAAAAGUAUCGUUGGAUUGAAAAACUAGGAAAACAUCCCUUAUUUGAGUCUCUUGUUGCAGAAUCAAAAGGAAAACUACCUCAUAAUGAAUCAAGGAAUCUUCUUGCCGAGAGAAAUGGUGAAAUUUUUGUUUGGUGUCCGUCAAAAAAUCGUGUUUUGACUACGAACCUGAAGAAUGUGCUGUUUGACAAUCCUUGCGCCAAAAAUUAUCAAGCACUUAUGUGUACAAGCCCUCCUGUAUUUGAAGUUCAUAUGAUGAGRUUUAGUGUGACAGGGAAGUACUUGGCUCUWGUUGGUGAAAAAGGUAUUACAGUAAUAGAAAUGCCACAGCGUUGGGGGAGGUUUGCWGAGUAUCAAGGUGGUUCCCAUACCAUCAACUGUAGAACUAUCCCAGUUGAUGAAAGGUUUUUCACUGUUCAUGCCAAUGCAAUGGUACUUGAGGUGAAGUGGCAUCCAGCAAGCACCUUGGAYAGUCACCUGGUUGUACUGGUGUCAGAUAAUACUUUAAGAAUUUAUAAUAUUAUAAAGCCUGAAACCCCAGAUCAAGUUAUCAAUCUUGGUGAUCCAUUCUCUAAUGAUGUCAGUCACAGUAGAGGAAGAUUGACGUCCACAUCUGCCUUUGCUAUAGCUCUUGGAGAAACAUCAAUAGCUUUUGACUUUGCUCCUCCUGUCAGCAAAUCAAGGUUAAGCCAUCACAGACGAAGACAAGAAGAACAAGAAGUUGUAUAUCCCAUGUUCAUUUUACGAGAAAAUGCUGAUGUAUAUUAUUUGAUAUUUGAACUUGGGAAAAAAGGGUUAAGCCAUGAAAUGGUUGGCCCUCUCACUAUGCACCCUGCGACUGAAAACAAUUAUGGUCUAGAUGCAUGCUCUUUACUCUGUCUGCCAGUGCAGCCUCCUGUUGUUGUCAUGGCAACAGCAACAGGUCGAAUCUACCAYUGUAUAGCCUUAGAAACACCUGGAGAAGAUAGUGACUUAGAGCCAGGCUCUGACGAUGAGAGCGAAAAGCCCUCAACACCAGACAUUAUUCUUUAUGUACAUGAAUGUGUGGAGCUACAACGUUCUCUCAGUGGACGCGAUGCUGAUGAAGUAUCAUCAACUGUCACUCAAAGUGAGGAGUCUUUUGAUUCACUCAAUUCAUGCCCAGUAAAGCUCUAUCCAGAUGAUUCAUCAAAUAAUGAGUAUCACUGCAGUCACCCUUCUGGAGCACACACUAUUGUAAUGCCWUGGAUACAAAAGUUACAACAAUUCUUUGUACCUGAUAGUAUUGAGGGAGCUACAAUGUUUGAUACUGAUGAAGAAGCUUCAGUAUAUCACAUGGUUUGUACGACUCCUACUUCUGACAGUAAGAGAUCUUUUCCAACACCUGAGAAGAGUUCAGAGCAUGAAGACAGUACUGAUGGGACAAGUUUGUCUCCAAUGCGCCAUCUUCUUUCUGGUUCAUUUGUGGAACACAUCAGAAAAAUAUUAACAAGAAACACAUCUAAUCCGUUACUAAAUAGAUCAGCCAAAAAAACAAGAGAUCUAACACAGAAAGAUUGUCUUGAGAUUUUAACUGAGGCACAGCAAGUAUUCAGAGAGGAGUAUAUCCAGAAGCAAUAUCGAGCUAAAGAAGAGAUCGACAAAAGAAUAUCAGUUUUAAAAGACCAAAAACAAAAACAGCAAGAGGAUCUAGAAAGCCUCUUAAACAAUCAGAGAUCUGUAAAAAGUAAAGCUGAGGAAUUAGCUGAAAAAAUCGAAGAUGUGGCAGCACAAGACAUUGAUCUCAUGGACAGGUAAACAAUACAUCAUACU